AUGCCUCCUAAUUACGCCGCCGCGAGAGGCCGGGAGAGCGCAAGAACCAUGAUCCUUGCGCUGUUCGCCGCGUCGGUCCUUUGGGCGCGGCCGGCGGCGGCGGCGACGACGGCGAUGCAGCCGAACGCGACAUGCCUACGGCGGUGCGGCGACAUCGACAUCCCGUACCCGUUCGGCGUCGGCCCCGGGUGCCACCUCGAGACGGGGGACUGGACGUUCAGGCUCACCUGCAACCGCAGCGAGGACGGGCGGCUCCGGCUGUACAACUACCAGAUCGAGGUGAUGGACAUGUCGGUGCGCCUGGGGCAGCUGCGCAUCUACAACAUCAUCAACCCAUGGUGCUACAACGCCACGACGCGGGCGAUGAACGAGCAGCACAACUGGUGGUACAACAUGUCCAUCACCAACUUCCGCAUCAACGACGCGCAGAACCGGUUCACCGUCAUCGGCUGCAACUCGCUGGCCUACAUCCGGUCGCUCAACGACAGCGCCGACACGUACAUGACCGGGUGCAUGGCCAUGUGCCCCGGCGUGAGCCGCCUGGAGAACGGAUCCUGCGCCGGCGUCGGGUGCUGCCAGACCGCCAUCCCCGGCGACCUCAACGCGUACUGGGUCUCCUACGAGGACAAGUUCAACACCUCCGGGAUCGUCAGCUUCAGCCCCUGCAGCUACGCCGUGCUCCUGGAGGCCGCUGCCUUCGACUUCCGCACCACGUACGUCACCACCGACGCGUUCAUGGCGGACAACGACGGCAAGGUGCCGCUCGUGCUCGACUGGGCCAUCGGGAACAAGACGUGCGAGGAGGCCAAGCGGAACGCGUCGGCGUACGCGUGCGUCAGUAGCAACAGCGAGUGCAUCGACUCCAAGUACGGCAAGGGCCGGGGCUACCUCUGCAACUGCUCCGCCGGAUACGACGGCAACCCCUACCUGCUCAACGGCUGCCAAGAUAUUAACGAGUGCGAAGAUGGAAGAUUCAGCUACCCGUGCUCUGUUCCUGGUACCUGCAUCAACACUAUUGGGUCAUUCUACUGCGCAUGUCCUGACAAGACGACGGGCAACGCCUACAAUGGAACGUGCGAGGACAAGAAAACCCAAAUCGGGUGGCAGAUCGCCAUUGGUGUUACUAGUGGCGUUGUCGCACUGAUCGUCACGGCGACCUGCCUCUACAUGAUCCACGAGAAGAGGCGGUUCGCCAAGAUCAAAAGCGAGUACUUCAAGCAGCACGGCGGCCUCCUGCUGUUCGAGGAGAUGAAGUCGAGGCAGGGCCUGUCCUUCACGCUCUUCACCCAGGAGGAGCUCGAGGUGGCGACCAACAAGUUCGACGAGCGCAACGUGAUCGGCAAGGGCGGCAACGGCACCGUGUACCGCGGCACCGCCAAGGACGGCACGACCGUGGCGAUCAAGAAGUGCCGGCUGUCCAACGAGCGGCAGAAGAAGGAGUUCGGCAAGGAGAUGCUCAUCCUGUCGCAGAUCAACCACCGGAACAUCGUCAAGCUCUACGGCUGCUGCCUCGAGGUGGAGGUCCCGAUGCUGGUGUACAAGUACAUCCCCAACGGCACCCUGUACCGGCUCAUCCACGGCGGGCGUGACCGUGACCGCGGCGUGCCACGCAUCCCGUUGGCGCUCCGCCUCAGGAUCGCUCACCAGGCCGCCGAGGCGCUCGCGUACCUGCACUCCUGGGCGUCCCCUCCCAUCAUCCAUGGCGACGUGAAGACGUCCAACAUACUCCUCGACGAGGACUACACCGCCAAGGUCUCCGACUUCGGGGCCUCGGCGAUGGCGCCGACGGACGAGGCCCAGCUCGUGACGUUCGUGCAGGGGACCUGCGGGUACCUGGACCCCGAGUACAUGAGGACGUGCAAGCUGACGGACAAGAGCGACGUGUACAGCUUCGGCGUCGUCCUGCUCGAGCUCCUGACGUGCCGCAAGGCGCUCAACCUGGAGGAGCUCGAGGAGGAGAAGUACCUCUCGUCGCAGUUCCUCCUGGUUCUUGGCGAGGACCGCCUUGAGGAGAUACUGGACGAGCAGGUGAAGGGCGAGCAGAGCUUCGAGCUGCUCGAGCAGGUCGCGGAGCUGGCGAAGCAAUGCCUGGAGAUGACCGGCGACAAGAGGCCGUCGAUGAGGCAGGUCGCGGAAGAGCUAGACAGGCUGAGUAGGUGGUCCCAGCAUCCCUGGGGUCGCCAGAACUCCGAGGAGAUUCGGGCAUUGCUUGGUGGAUCGCCGAGCACGGCCUCAGAAAUAGAACUUAGUACCAGUCGGAAUAUCAGUUUUACUGAUACGGCGUACAUUGGAAUUAGGUCUCCACGUUAG